GAGGCCCGGUCCUACCUCAGCGAGGAGAUGAUCGCUGGUGAGUGCAGGUGGGCGGGCGGGCUGUUGGGGGGAUGUGUGCUGGGCAACGGUGUUGGAACAGGGUGGGAGACAAGGUGUGAGGCUGACAGUCCAGGCAGCCCCACUUCGGUCUUCUGCCUCCUUCCUCCGGCAGAGUUCAAGGCCGCCUUCGACAUGUUUGACGCUGACGGUGGCGGGGACAUCAGCGUCAAGGAGUUGGGCACGGUGAUGAGGAUGCUGGGCCAGACACCCACCAAAGAGGAGCUGGAUGCCAUCAUCGAGGAGGUGGACGAGGACGGCAGCGGCACCAUCGACUUCGAGGAGUUCUUGGUCAUGAUGGUGCGCCAGAUGAAAGAGGAUGCGAAGGGGAAGAGCGAGGAGGAGCUGGCGGAGUGUUUCCGCAUCUUCGACAGGAACGCAGACGGCUACAUCGAUGCGGAAGAGCUGGCUGAGAUUUUCAGGGCCUCCGGGGAGCACGUGACGGACGAGGAGAUCGAAUCUCUGAUGAAAGACGGUGACAAGAACAACGAUGGCCGCAUUGACUUCGACGAGUUCCUGAAGAUGAUGGAAGGCGUGCAGUAAGAAGUCGGCUUCUCCCCCGCCCCGACCGCGCGUCCCUCGGGCCCGGGCGGUGCCACCCCGCCCCGUCCCACUCUCCGCCCCGGGAGGGAGGCGCGGCCCCUGCUGGCUCUGUGUCCAGAAAGAAUAAAAACAGACGCUGAGAAGCACGUAGCCUGAGUGAGGGGAGGAGCAGGGGAGUGGGUGUCAUGGCCCGCCGGGCUGGGCCGUGGCCCAGGGCGCCACCCGAGCGCACUUGGGAUCCGAGGAGGGGCGACCCGAGUUGCCUGACGCGCCGACGCGCUGGUCAGCUUCCCGGCCGGCUCCUGGUAGCUGGCGCUGGGCGUGGGCAGCUCGGCCGACGGGCUGCGGUGGCGCCUGGCGCUGGAGGAGGGUGGCCGGGGCCUUGGGGCUGUCGGGGUGAGUGAGGGUGCCUGGGAUGGGGGUAGGGUGAGGGCGCCGCAGGCGACCGAGGCCCCUUUCCUUCCCUACCGUCCCUCCUUUCUGGAGCCUUUUUGGGUCUUUGGUGCAGACUGCCGGGCUGGGGAGGGAAAGGGGAGUAUCCGUCCGUUCCAGGCAGCAUUCGUUCCUGCUUGACUUUUUCUACUUUGUCUGUUCUGACGUCUUCGUCUCCACCCUGGACCCCUGCCUCCAGCCCCGGCCAAUGGGCUCAACACACGGCCGUCAGCACGAUGGAGCCAAAAGAAAUCUGACCUUGCUCCUCCCCCGUUGAAAGACCUUCAAGGCUCCCCAUUGCUUCUAGAAUCCAAUCCAAAUUCCUUUCCCCUCCUUCCCUCCCCUCUGGGCUCCAGUCACGCUGGGCGAUUUGUCACUCCUGCCCUGGACAGUGGGGGUGCACUUUCAAGCCUUCUGGCUUUUGCUCCUGCCUUCUCCCUCCUUGGAAUGCCCUUCCUCCUCUAAAAAGCCUGGCAAGUUUCUCAGCCCAGCUCAGAUACCACGUCAAAGAUACCAGGACCCAGCUCAGAUACCACCUUCUCCCUUGAUCCCUUCUCCCACUGGCUGUGCUCUGGCUUCUGUAACUCUUUGUGCACGACUCGAUCACAGCAGGCAGCAGGUCAAAGCUAAUGCCGUGCAGUGGUGCCUUAGCUUUAGAGGCAGGGUGCCUCUGAAUGAGUUCGAACCCUCACUGCCAUGACAAACCACUCCGUAAUUCAGUUUCCUACUCUGUAAAAUGGGGAUAAUGAGAAUUAUCACAACCUUGCAGGGUUGUGAGAACAAGUUAGUUUGUUAGUGCAGAGCGCUUAGAACAGAGUGUGACACGUACUAAUGCUGUUAUUAUUUUUAAAUGUU